AAAAUAAACACGUUCACCAUGUGAAUGGAUCAUCAUAGCGUCACGUGACAGUGUUUUAGUCAUGGCGGACGACUGCAGAAGACAGGCGUUCGAACUGGAGAGAAGGAUUUUUGAGUUGGACAAUAAGUGCGCCAGCCUCAGAACCGAGAAACAAGAUGAUGACUAUUUACAGAAUGCUUCUUCGAUACUAGACAAGUUGAAAAGCUUUUACAGACAAGGGGGGGAGAGUAACAGUCUGCCUAAACUGCUUCAGGAUUACACUCAGGUGAUCCUGGACAUCACAUUCUAUGAGGAAAACAAGCUGGUGGACCAGGAGUUCCCAGAGGACUGCUCACCCUUUAAGAUCCAACAGCUGCUGCAGGACCUCACAGAGCCAGAGGUGUUGGCCGGUAGACUGGUCCCGGCCCAAGAGGUGCAGUCAGUGCUGGGGCUAGAGGUGUUAGAGUGCCUCUACUGGAGACGUGGAGCACUGCUUUACAUGUACUGCCACACACUCCACCAACGUAAGCAGUGGAUCAAGAAGAACAAAGCCACUUUCCUGAAGUGUCUUCAGGAGGGUGUACGUUACCUAAUGAGGAUGCUGCAGGUGAGGAACUCCGUGAAGCUCAACGAUGGGGUGGUGUUUCACGACUCUGCUACUGCCAACUUCCUGGCUGAAGGCAUCUUCUCAGACACCCACCUGCUGACGAUGAUGUACAUAGGGGAGAUGUGUUUCUGGGCAGUGAAGUACGAGGACUGCAGCGUGGAUUCCACGGAACGCAAAGAGGACCGGCUUCACUUCCGGGACAUUGGGACGCAGAUCCUGCACAAAUACGUGCUUGUCUGUGACGGCCCUCUUCAGGGCCAGGGCUGGAACACAGAGAAUGCCAAGGAAAUCUUAAGUAUCUUACAGUGAACCGGGGAGGGCUAUGGGUACAAGUUUCCUUUAGGCACUGAUCUGGGAUCAGAUUAUCAAACCCCACAUUGUAAUGCUAAGCAUUACGGGAGGAGGAAUUUGAUGGAUCAGUUUCUAGGGUGAACUUCUUUCUGUUCUGAAAGGCUCUGGCUGACUGAUGGGAUGAAGUUUGGGUCAAGGGUAGGUAAAGAAUGAAGGGCUAGGGUAGGGAGGGAUGUUAAUGAAAUGAAAUGUGAGUCUCCCCAUCUCCUGCAAGAAGCACUUAUCUUCCAGAUUUCAGACUGUUGGUUGGGCAUGUGUUUUGCUCUGAGAAUGUGGUAGAAUAAUAAUUAUAUUAAAAUAAGAUUAUUAACUAAUUAAAUUGUAAAAAAAAAAAAAAAAAAGGUAUUGUUUGAAGAUGAAUCAUAAUCUAGCUUGUAAUGAAACAUUGCACAGCAACUUUUAUUUAUUGUUUUAAUUAUUUUUGUUAUGUUUUAAAUUUAAUUGCAUUUAUAUAUAUAUAUAUUGAGCAGAGUUGGUGACUGAAUUAUUCAUGACCAUUUUCGAGUAUGUACAGUUUUUUUUUUUUGUUGAAACAUCUGCUUUGUAAUAUGCAACUCUUUUUUUUUUUUCUUAAAGAAAAUUGACCUCACUUGGACAAAUAGUAAUGCCCCAGUGACAGGAACUUUGAUAUUUUGAUAGUAUGCAUGUAAAUGCAGAUUCUGUGUUUCUUUUUGGAAGAAAAAAAAACAUUUCAUAUUUUUUUUGUCGUCAUUGAAAAUAAAUAUGUUGGAUUAAAAUGUGUAGUAAAAAAAAAACAACUACAAUAACCACAAUGCACCUCUCCAAGGUAGUGGGGAAUUUUUGUAAACUCGGAGAAUGAUCGAGGCCUCUAGUGAUCAAAAGGCAGAUUUAGCAUGGGCAGCGCCAUUGAGGGCUUCCGCCGUUUUAAAGUAGUCAACUGAGUGGGGAUUCCUGUGGGCUGUAGCCAUAAUGGUGCUGCCCAUUCUAUCACAGACAUAAAAAUUACUAUUCUCUAUGGCGGCAACAAGAAAUGUCAGAUUUGCUUUCAACUUCUAUUUCACAGUACCGAUUUGAGCUUUGAUAAGUAAUGUUUAGCACAUUGAGGAUAGCUAAGACGCCUUGUUGUCACAUCGAAAGCAGGUAGAAGGAGUCUAGUUAGUUCAGAGACGGGUGCUUCAGUGGAAGGAAAUACAUCAAUGAUCAAGAGCAUGCAUACACCAGUGAAAAUGCACCGGCAGGCUUUUGGGUCUGUUUACCCGGUUACGUUCUUAACAAAUAGUAAUUACUCAAAUGGACGACGACAAAAGGUUCAAGCCAAGUUUAUUUAUCCCAUUGGGUCAUACAGCUGCAGAGACAAAAUACAAGUUACAUAAGCGUAUAUACUGAACAAAAAACAAUUAUUUUAAUGAGUUACAGUUUAUAUAAGGAAGUCAGUCAAUUGAAGUAAAUUAAUGAAUCCCUAAUCUAUUGAUUUCACAUGACUAAGAAUACAGAUAUGAUCUUUGUCACAAAUACCUUAAAAAAGGAGUGGUGUGGAUCAGAAACCAGUCAGUAUCUGGUGUGACCACCAUUUGCCUCAUGCAGCGCAAUCUCCUUUGCAUAGAGUUGGUCAGGUUGUUGAUUGUGGAAUGUGCCACUCCUCUUUAAUGGCUGUGCGAAGUUACUGUAUAUUGUUGGGAACUGGAACACACUGUCGUACACGUCAAUUCAGUGCAUCCCGAACAUGGGUGACAUGUCUGGUGAGUAUGCAGGCCAUGGAUGAACUGGGAAAUGUUCAGCUUCAAAUAAUUAUUUACAGACCCUUGCGACAUGGGGCCAUGCAUUAUCAAGCUGAAACAUGAGGUGAUGGUGAGUGAUGAACGGCACGACAAUUGGCCUCAGGUUCUCAUCACGGUACCUCUGCAUUCAAAUUACCAUCGAUAAAAUGCAAUUGUGUUUGUGUUCGUUAUGCCUGCCCAUAUCAUAACCCAACUGCCACUAUGGGGCACUCUGUUCUCAACGUUGACAACACUUUACAUGUUGCUUUGAUGUUUUUGUUCGGUAUAUUUACACUUUCCGAAUAGGCGGAGUCACCUCCUUAUAUGACUCAAAUAAACAAUCCAUCUAUGUUG